AUGGCGGAAAACAAAAUUAGAAGCUCUUGCCAAAAUUUCCUAAAAGAAGCUCGGUCAAAUUCUUUCUCUUGUAUGCGGUUCUCAAACUCUAGCGCUUUCUUCAUCUUCUUAGAUAUUUCCUUUGUCUUGUGUGCAUCCCGUCUUUUACAAUCUGAAAUCCCGGAACUUUUAAGGUGUUAUGCCGCCUUCUUUGACUUCUCCGCUUCCAAGCCUCUUUUAUUUUUCUUGAUAUAAGCUGGCACAGGUUCCAAUUUGUCAUGUUCAGCAAUGCCAAGUCCAGUUCCUUCUCUCCCGCCAAGCUUUUUCAACAACUUAAAACCAAGGUUCUAGGACUGAAUAGGUUAAAGAAGCACACAUUGUGGCAUAAUUCCCAAAUCGGCGGAUUCCUAUUCUACUCCCGAUCUAUUAUCUCUUAAUUCACUUUCCUAUUUCUCGCUCCUACAAGCAGAAGCUAGAAUUGGAAAAAAUAUAUAACCCAAAAAUUCCUUCUAAACAGCAAUAGAUGGAAGAAAUCUGAGUCACCAACUCUACGAUAACUACCUCCUUCAAAUUGAUCUAAAGUGAAAAGAUAGAAACAUAAAAUAGUUGCAACACAAAGAUCAUAUCAACAUAAAGACAAGAAGAAGCCAAAAUGAAAGUACUUCAGGUUAGAACCAAUACUUAUACUCUAAAUUAAGUAGUGAGAAGGAAUAACAUGAGCUUCUUAUCUUGUAAGUAAAAUUUUCAAUUUAAAUGUGAGUUUAUGAACUCAUUAUAUGAAUUAGAGAUAAAAAAAAAAAAUUAACCAUAAUGCGCUUCUCUAUGAAAUAGUUCAACAAAUUUAGAGGCUAUGGUUGUCUCCAACUUAUUACAAUCAAUUAUUUGUUAUUAAAUAAUAUUUAAUUUUUAUAAGCACAGUAAAAAUGAAAUGACUGCACAAAAAGAAUUUGCUUCGAGGUUAUGGAAAACAUUACUUAAUUAUUUUUUUUUUAUAUCUGUCUAUGGGAGACGAGUUACUUUUGUUAUAUUUGAAGUUUAUAAAUGACUCUAGAUUUUAUGAUUUUGCGACUAAUAUGUUUGAGAUUUUCAGCUCCUAUAAUUCUCAUUUUUAAUAUCUUUUGUUGUUUCCAUCCAUCCUUGACUCUAAAUCAAUUAUAUGUAUCAAAUAUAAAAUUUGUUGUAGGGAAGAGUCCUGUCUCAUGAAUUUAGACAAAGUAGACUUCAUUUUGACCUUUCUACUAUUAAUUAAUAAAAAUUACUACUCAAAUUUUUAAAAAUGAAGGGAGGUACUCAAAUUACUAUUACGUUUCAUCACUAAUUAAGAACUUCAAGCUUUAAGAACUAUGAUAUUUAAUUAAGAAACGGAGAAAUUCCGCCAAGAGUAGGGGACAUGUCGUUCAAUUUUUUGUUCAAAUUAUGUACAAAUAGAUUGAUCUAAUCCCCCAUUUGUUAACAGACAUUAGUUAAACGAUAAUGCUCAGCAGAGACAAAUGUUUGGAGACCUCCUUUCCUUUUACUGUUUCAGGUCACAAUUUCUCUACUCUUCUACCUCAACUCUUUUCUUUGUAAAUUACCUGGUUGAUUCUCUAGGGUUCUCCAAAGAAGAAGCAACCUCUACACAUUCCAAGUUAUCUUCACGGAAAACCACCAGAGAUCCCGAUUUAGUCCUCAAUUUCUUGAAACAAACCGGUUUUGACAACUCCCAGAUCAAAACGAUGGUCUCUAGAGCACCCAAAUUGCUAUUCUCUGAUGUUUUUAAAACCCAAAUUCCAGUGCCUUGUGGACCUCGGGCUAUCCGGGUCAGACCUGACUGUGGUAUUUCUGAUUCGAGAAUUAAAAAAUUUGUGCUUCAAAAUCCUUCUCGUGUUACACAAAAUCCUGAUCGUGUUAAGUAUUUCUUGCAUAGAGUGGAGAAGGAUUUUCGAGUCCCACUUGGCUCCCCUAGUUUUCUUUAUGCAUUUCAUGUUUUAUCUGCGCAAAAAAAGUCUACAUUGGAUAGGAAGAUUGGAAUGUUCAAGAGUUUUGGAUGGUCUGAUGAUGAAAUACUCGAGUUAUUCAGGAAGCUACCGCUUUGUAUUGCUCUCUCAGAGGUUAGAAUUGAGAAAGCAUUGAAUCUUUACAUGAAGGAGCUCAGUUUUGAACCUGCUUACUUGGCUUCUCGUCCUGCAUUUUUGGCCUAUAGUCUGGAGAAAAGGGUGAUACCUCGGAUGGAAGUCUUGAAAAUUUUGGACGAAAAGAAGCUUGAGAGGAGAAAGGUGAAUCUCUAUUAUGUAAUGACCAUAACAGAGUCAAAGUUCAUAGAGUAUUUUGUGCUGCCCUACAAGGAUCAGAUACCUGAUCUGUAUGAAUCGCACAAAAAAACUGCGGCUCCUUAGUAGAUUUGGUUUACUUUUGGCACUAAGGGUGCUGAGAUCUUUCUAAAAUUAUCAGUUGUAGUUCAAUAUUUUUUUUGCUUUUCCUUUUUCAGUUUGUAUUCUAAAAAACACAGUCGGUGUUGCCAAAAUUCAUUCAUGGAAUUGGAGCAUAGCUUAC